UUGGCCGAGCGGCGUCGCUGUGGUAGCGAAAGGAAGUGUCUGCCUGACCCGGAAGUGCCCGUUUGGGGCCGGAGGGGUCGCUCAGUGAUGGCGCCAGUAUCCCGUUCGCGGAGCCCCGCCGCGGAGCCUCCUUCCGCCCGACGGGGCCGCGGCGGGAACGGAGCCUCGGGCAGCCCUUCCCCGCCCAGCAGGUCCAGCCGGGGCAGGAGGUCUCGCUCCCGGUCCCGUUCCAGGUCUCGAUCCCGUCAGCGUCCGGGGCCUCCGCACCACUUCGGCUACCGGCUGGAGGCCAAGCCCCGGGGCCUUUGGUACUCCGAGGCCGGCAAGGAGCAGGAGGAGUCCCUCCGGCAGAGGCGAUUAAAUGAGAGAGAAAGGAUAGGCGAAUUAGGAGCUCCUGAAGUUUGGGGACUGUCGCCAAAAGUUCCAGAUCCAGAUUCUGAUGAACAUACCCCUGCAGAAGAUGAAGAUGGGACAUCCAAAAAGAGUAGCACCUCUGAUUCCAGCUCAGAAGAGGAGGAGAAGAAAAAGAAGAAGAAAAAGAAAAAGAAGAGAAAAGCUGCUUCACGUGAUGAGGAAAAGAAGAGAGCCAAGAAGAAGAAAAAGAAGCACAGAAAAAAGAAGUCCAAGAAGAAAAAGAGUAAGAGGAGCAGGAAGGACUCCAGUGAAUCAAGCAGUGAAGACUCUGACAAUGAGACAUUACAAGGAGAUGAGCUGUGGAUUGAAAGAUCAAAAAACGCAGAUGCUGUGGAUUUCAUUGGGCCAGAAGCUCCUAUUACCCAUGCAUCCCAGGAUGACCGGCCCUUGAACUACGGGCAUGCUCUGCUGCCGGGUGAAGGUGCUGCCAUGGCAGAGUAUGUAAAAGCUGGAAAACGUAUCCCUAGAAGAGGUGAAAUUGGCCUUACCAGUGAAGAGAUUGCAUCAUUUGAGAAGUCUGGCUAUGUAAUGAGUGGCAGCAGGCAUCGGCGAAUGGAGGCUGUGCGUCUCCGCAAAGAAAACCAGAUUUAUAGUGCAGAUGAGAAAAGAGCUCUGGCAUCUUUUAAUCAGGAGGAGAGACGGAAGAGAGAGAACAAGAUCCUGGCAAGCUUCCGGGAAAUGGUCUACAGAAAAACCAAAGGCAAAGAUGAAAAAUGAACCACUUGCUGUUUUCUAUAGCACAUGCUGGAAUGAAUGUUGGCAAAGCAUACCUGUUAAUGGUGAUUUGCAAGUAGGGGUGUCCCCUGUGCCACAGCAAUACUUGCAAGGUCUAGUGCUGCUGGAACUUUGGAUAUUGGUUCAUGCAUACCAGACAACAGCCUUUUCAGGUAUCAUUUGGAAUGACUGUUCACUAGCUUGUAGAAUAUUGAAGAACAUAGGCCAAAAUGUGAAUUAAGAAACUGAGAAAGGCAAGCGGUCCUGCAGAUGAUACCAAAAUAUUGCUAAGAAUCUGAAUAGAUACUGGCAUUCUUGGAAAAUAGCACUUUUAAAAAAUUCUAGGCAUACAAACAGGAACAAAACCUGAGAUUCGAUUAAGGUUGCUCUGUUCUGCAUUUUUUUAUCAGAGGAUAUAGAGACCACAGUAUGAAACAAGACAAAAAUAACUUGUUUUACUGGACUGGACAGUAAAUGACCCAAAUAGAUUGUGUGUCUAAACCUUUGCCCCCAAAUAAGACCAAAACAUCCUUAACACUGGAUGUCUCCUCAUGAGCUUACUUUUGUUUGUUUUAGAUUAUUUCUUUGUUAUAAUAACAUCAAAGCAUCUUAAAUCAUAGUCUGUUUUGUGACUCAGACACCUUGUAAAUAAGACCAGUUUUAUUUCUUCAUUUUGAAAUAUUGUAUAUUUAACAGCAUGAAGAAUCUCAAAACUUAACAAAGAGAACACCUUGAAGACUCUAUUGGAUUUUGUUUUGUAAAUAGUAUGUCAGUUGGUUGAAUGGGUUAAAUAUCUGUGUCUGGGUCAGUGUAAGGAGGCUUUUUAACUUUUCAUUUAUUCAAAAUUUGCUGUAUUUUAAGUAAGAACCAUGUGAUGGGCUACACCACGUAGUGGGUCUUCAGCAUCCCUCCCUCCUUUUAAAAAGAACGAUGCUAAAAUUGAUCUCUAACUUCAGGAGCAUCUCAGAGACAGCAUAUGAAGGUGCCAUGUGAAAUGCCUCCCCUCCCCAAAAGCAGGAUGUAUAUAGAAGCCUAGGUGGGCUUUAUGUGGUGCGUUCUAAGUACCCCCUCUUUGCACAGUUGUAAAAAUGUGUAUUAUUUCUGGGAUCUUUUAAAAAAUAUUAAAGUGUUAUUCCCUA